CGACGCGUUGUACCUUGACGUACAGGCAGGUUGAUGAAGUUUACAAACCCAACGAAUUUAGAUUCAUUGCGCGUUGGUUGCGAGUGCUUGCCUAAUAUUUAAUAUAAAUUACAUGGCAAAUAUUAUUGAGUGCUAUUGAUGGUUAAGUAAACGCUGUUGGCACAAACUGGCAGAAAUAUGCACAAAGCCAUUAAAAAUAAAUCCAGGUUAUUAUGUGGCCUGAAAGCCUCCAGGGCAGAUUUAACUACAGCCAAAUUCAUAUUGUACUAUGGACCCAGCGUAGCUGAUAGUGAUAUCUAUGAUCUGCAUGACUCCAAGAACUUGCUGGAAGAUGAGAAUUUGGAUUUGAGCAAAAAUACGGUACUAUAUUUGCAUGGCUAUCUGGAGGAUCCGGAUGUCGAGAGCAUACAUGUUAUCGCCGAGGCAUAUUUGGAGCGUAAUGAUACAAAUCUAAUUGUGCUGGACUGGGGCGAGCUGGCGGAUGGUAAUUACAUAUUCGAUGCGGUGGUCAAUGCCAAACAGUUGGGACCAGAGCUGGCUAAAGUUAUGCUGGACAUGUUCGAGCAUGGUUUGGACAUAGAGAAAUUCCAUAUUGUGGGUCACUCGCUGGGUGGUCAGAUGGCGGGGAUUAUAGGUCGGGAGAUUUUUAAACGCACCAAAGGCGUCAUGAAAAUAAAAAGAAUAACCGGCUUGGAUCCGGCAUUUCCGCUUUUCUACCUCACCGCUGGCUUGGGCUCCCAUCUAAACAAACAUGAUGCCGAAUUUGUGGACGUUAUACACACAGAUGCCUGGCUAUAUGGUGCACCGAGCAGCACGGGCACCGCAGACUUUUGGCCAAAUGGUGGCAAAACAUUGCAGCCGGGUUGCCCGAAACGCAAUUAUAAAAUGCUCAGCGAUAAUGAUUUGUCUAGCCACCGGCGCAGUUGGUGGUUCUGGGCCGAAAGCGUAUCCGAUCGUUUUCCAAUUAAGUUCGAUGCGGUGGCCGCCAAAAGCUGGGACGAUUUUAAGCAGAAGAAAAUUGUUGAAUCUGAGCAACCUAUAUACAUGGGUCAUAACUGUCCCACAAAUAUUCAUGGCGAUUUUUACUUACAAACCAAUGGCCUAACACCAUUUGCACGUGGAAAAGAGGGUAUCAACUAUGUCGACCCUAAAGAGUUAUUAGGUAAUAAUAAUACCUAUGAAAUUACGCUACCUGCGAAAGUAGACCAAUGAUAUGUGCUUACAAUAUAUAUUUUUGUAUAUAUAACGCACGACUAUGUGUGUAUAAAAUA